CGCAGUUUUGCCUGAGUGAAAAAUGGCACAUAUAAGAACUUACCGCACACCUGUGAAAAUGGGAAACUGGUUUGAAGAGCAGCGCUUAAAAGAGGAUGAAGUAAAAGAACAUCUGGAGAAAAAAGAGAGGGGUGAGCUUGCUGGCCAGAAAAUGGACUUCCUCAAAGAGAACAUUUUAAAACCGGUGAAAUUCUCCGUGACAAAUGAUGGUACACUGCACUUUGGUGAUAUUGUGAUGUUAGUGAACAUGGGAGGAGGAAACAGGGAGUGCAGUGCAGUGAGCAUCAAUGCUGAUGUUAACAGCUUAACAAAGAUUCCUUCUCCCAGCAUUCAAGCUCCGUGUGCAGUCAGCGCUGUCAGGAGUGUCCAGCCGUGCACACGCACAGCUUUCGUCAUUACCAGUGUAGAUGGCAGUCCUGAGGGAUCCACUCUUCAUUUUGAGCAAAGUUUUGCCUUAAAAACAACAAGUGGCUUUGCCAGGGGACUUUACUUGACGAGUGACCUGCAAAGUUUUCAAAAGUGUGCAAAAAAGUCUCGCCUCCAAGAAGUAAGCCUGGAAGACAGCGAUUCCUUUCUGUCAUGGUGGAAGAUAGUUUACUUUGACCCCCAGGAAAGACUUGAAUAUGAGGGUCUGCCAGUUCCUGCUAAUGUGAAGGUGCUGAUUGUACAUUGCAAAACAAACCAGGCUCUUGCUGUUCUGGGUGAUCAAGUCCUCUGGACCAUGUACGGCAAGGAGUAUGAGCUGACGGCUCACACGUUCUUGGAUUCCCAUAAAGCUGAACAGGACAACAAUCACUGGAUACUCUGCACUGCUGAUCCUGCAGGGGACGGACUUGUACUUUUCAAACAACCACAGUUGAUGGCUAAAAAAACAGAACUUGAGGCGCUCUCAGAAGCUAACCCUAGUGUUUAACACCAUCUGUUUUUAUGCUAAAAUGUAUUGUAAUAAAGGUUGUUUUUUUCUGGUUAGGUCAUCACUUGUAAUGCAGGAAGAUUCUAGUGCAAAAAUCAGUAACACAUAACCACCAACUGUUAAGUGUGUUUUACUAGAAGUAAUAAGUAAUAAUUUGACAGCAAUGUUCAUGAAUUUGUUAAUAACUAGUUUGUAAA